CAAAAGCUAAACCCCUCCGAAUUCAUCGUCCAUCUCAUUCACCCAUCCAUUUCCGCUCCUUGUUUUCUUCGCUCUGGCAAUUUCUCUAUCUUAUUCCGGAAAUGGGUUCCGAGGUUGAAAGCAAUCCGAAUCCUCCGGAGUUGGACAAAUUAGCCGAGCAAUCACGCUUACCUCUAACAUCAACAGAAAUAGAUGAAUCAUCGGCGACCACGAAUGACGACGUCCAUCCUCGCCUGGACGUUGUUUCCGCCGAUACUCACGCCAACAGAUCAGCCAAUACUCACUCUGAAACCACUAUCACUGACGAAACAGAACGAAUCGCCCAAUCUCGUUCCGAGAAUUCUCUAGCAUCGACGACCGAAGACAGCGAUGUUCGGCCAGAUCGUGACGAUGUUAUCGCCGAUGAUAAAAUUGAUCUCACAAAAGAACGAGCGGAGGGUUUGAAUUCUCCACCGUCAACGACUCAAAGAGAUAACGUUCCUCCUGAGCGUGAUCAUGUUUCCGCUGAUGGUGAAAUUAAUCUGCAAGACGAACAAACGGAGAAUUUGAAUUCGGCGACCAAAAACAACGACGUUUCUGGCACCAAUCAUAAUACCAACGGCCAUUUGCGAUUUGUGCUGCCUCAUUCCAAUCUUCCGAAGCCACAAAUGCCUCCAGGGAUAGAAAAUCUUCCUUCAGCAAAAAAUGACGACACUACGAGUUUCUCCACCGUCGACAUGCCGGCCAUCGGAAAGUUCAUUCGACAGCGUACGGUGGCGCUUGCGAGAGGGAUUUCGUCUUUAAUGGACGACAACGAUGAGGGAUCGAAGAAAAAUAAUAAUCGGAGUGUCACGGAAUUCAAUCUUUCUGGUCUCAAGGUCGUGGUGAAGGAAAAAACUAGCGACGAGCUGGUAAUGAAAGGAAGAAUAAGCUUCUUCUCGAGGUCGAACUGUAGGGACAGCACGGCGGUGCGUAAGUUCUUUAGAGAGAUGGGCCUGAAAUAUGUGGAGAUCAACAUCGAUGUGUACCCGGAGAGAGAGAGUGAGCUGAGAGAGAGGACGGGUACUACAGCUGUGCCGGCGAUAUUCUUCAACGAGAAGCUGUUUGGGGGAUUGGUUGCGUUGAAUUCUCUGAGGAACAGUGGGAUUUUCGAGCAGAAGUUGUGGAAGGAGGUGAUGACCGUGAGAUGCCCCGAUCACGCGCCCGCACCGCCAGUGUACGGUUUCGAUUAUGCAAACUUGGAUGAUCAGAUGGACGAAUUGGUGGGAUACGUGAAGGUUCUGAGGCAGAAAUUACCCAUUCAGGACCGCGUGAUGGCGAUGAAGAUGAAAAUCAUUCAUAACUGCUUUUCUGGGGCAGAGUUGGUGGAGGUGCUCAUUCACCACUUGGACUGCGGCCGUAAGAAGGCGGUUGAGAUCGGAAAGCAGUUAUCCAAGAAGCAUUUCAUUCAUCGUGUUUUCGGGGAAAAUGAUUUUGAGGAUGGAAACCACCUCUACCGUUUCCUUGAGCAUGAACCAUAUGUCACCGGUUGCUUUAAUUUCCGGACCAUCACAAAUGAUAAUGAACCAAAACCUGCAGUUGCAGUAUGCCAAAGACUUACCAAGUUCAUGUCUGCCAUUCUCGAGUCUUAUGCUACUGAUGACAGGCGAUACCUUGACUAUUCAGCCAUUGGCAAAAGCGAAGAAUUUCGCAGGUAUGUAAUUGCGGCCCAGGAUCUUCAACGAAUUAACGUCGGGGAACUGUCAGAAAACGAGAGGCUUGCUUUCUUCAUGAACUUGUACAAUGCCAUGGUCAUCCAUGCUCUUACCAGAGUAGGGUCUCCGCAGACAGUAUUGGACAGGAAUUUCUUCUACUCUGAUUUCCAGUAUGUGGUUGGAGGGCUCCCUUAUUGUCUCAACUCCAUUAAAAAUGGUAUCCUCAGAUGUAAUCAGAGGGCACCGUAUUCUUUGAUGAAGACCUUUCGUUCAGGACACAAGCAAUUAGAGUUUGCCCUCGUCAAGGUGAAUCCAUUAAUUCACUUUGGGAUUUGUAACGGUACAAAGUCGAGCCCAAAGGUGAGGUUCUUUUCACCUCAAGGAGUUGUAGAAGAACUAAGACGCGCUGCAAAAGAAUUCUUCCAAGAGGGUGGCGUAGAAGUGGAUCUGGAGAAGAGGACUGUUUAUCUCACUCGAAUUAUCAAGUUGUAUGAUAUGGAUUUUGGACAAGGCAAAGACAUUCUGAAGUGGGUAAUCCAUUACUUGGAUCCAACUAAAGCAGGCUUCUUGACACAUCUCUUAGGUGAUGGCGGCCCUGUUCACAUCUCGUAUCAAAACUAUGAUUGGUCAAUAAAUUCUUGACAACUAUAGUGCACCCAUUUGAUUCAGCUAUUCAGAGCUGCCUGAACUUAUGGAGACUGGAGUGUUUAUUGCCCCAGAUUUUGAAAUGUUGAUCACAGUCCAAAUGGAGAUUUUUUUUUUUAGUUAGCCCAACAGAGAGACUU